AUGGAGCAAGGCCUUGCGUGCCUCGCAGCUAUCUUAGAAUCUGCAGACCCGGCCUUGCAAGUGCCGGCCGAAGUUGGCCACAGAGUUGCUCAGCGACUGCAAGCCGAAAUUGGCUAUUUGCUGCCUCUUUUCGGAGCGGAAACUGAUUUGCAGCAUCUGCUACCUCUUCAGCAACAUUGCUCAGAGUGCAAUGCUGUGCUCAGCAGGUGCGACUCUUUGAAGACACAGGCGGUAAUUCUGCAUACCGCAGGGCCAAUUUCCAAACACCACAUUCCAGUGAGAUUAGUUCGGCAGCAUGCGAGUUUUAUCGGCGAAAGCGAUGUUGUCCGGGAGCAUGCCCGUGCCUGCGGGCAAGAACACCUUCUCCCCACUGCAAGACUGCGACUUUUGAUCAGCGAAGGUUGGUUCAAAUGGCGUCUCUUGCUCAGGACCUAUGGGUGUAGGCAGCCCGUUGCUGCUUCGCCUUCCAUCGAUCUUCGCAAGGACAUUGACGAGUUGCUGGAACCUUUCAUGCCAGCCUUUCAAGCGGACUUCACAAAGGAAGCACGAGCAGCUCGCAUGCGAUGCGAUGUCCUCGUCAUGGACGGGAAUGCAAAGAACAGACGUGCCGUGUGUGCUUCAUUGCUGGCAGGAGCUUUGAGGUCGCCUGCUUUGGGCCAAACUGUGCGGCACACCUGCCCAUGCACACCGCGAUUGGGAAAAAGUUUUUGUCCCCACCAUGACUCCGAGGUUGCCAACAUCAUCCAGGACUGGGUGCGCCGGGCAGUGGGUCUGCUCCCCACAUGA